AUGGAACAAACACAAACACUGGGUCUGGACAGCAUUGAUCUCCUGGACGAUGUUAUCCCUCAAAACAAUUGUAACAGCAUUGGAUCUGUUUCAACCAACAACAACUCUGGUGAAAGUAGCUUGGGUUUGGUUCCUAAAGUGGGGAUGACUUUCGAAACUGUGGAUGAGCUGAAGAAAGUUUAUAAACAACAUGCAAUCAGAAGUGGUUUCGGUGUCCGAAUAAGAACUUCAAAGAAAGAUGAUGAUAAUCAGCUCUACUACGUCAAACUAGUUUGUUCUCGAGAAGGAACCCAUGUGUCCAACAUUCCCCCGGAAAAAAGAACCAUUCCAACACAAAGAAAGGCAUGCCCUGCACGUGUUACUGCUGUUAAAAAAGAUGGUCAAUGGGGGAUUAUAAGUGUGGUGGAGGAACAUAAUCACCAUUUAAGUCCACAGAAAUCAAGGCUUGUGCGAGGCAAUAGGAGGAUAAAUAUGCAAGCAAAAAGAGUUAUUGAUAUCAAUGAUCAAGCGGGAGUACGUUUGAACAAAAGUUUUCGGUCCUUGGUCUUUGAGGCAGGAGGUUAUGACAACUUGAAUUUUGUGGAAAGGGAUGUCAGGAACUAUAUUGGUCAACAGAGACGAGCACUUGUUAAGGAUGGCGAUGGGCAAGCAUUGUUUAAUCAUUUUUCGAGAAUGAGGGAAUUAAAUAGGGAUUUCUUCUUUGAAAUCGACGUCGAUCACGACAACAGAAUUACUAAUGUGUUUUGGGCGGACGGGAGGAGUCGAGCAGCAUGUGUGGAUUUUGGGGAUAUUGUGUCAUUCGACACCACAUACUUGACUAAUAAGUAUGACAUGCCUUUUGCCCCAUUUGUAGGUGUUAAUCAUCACGGUCAAUCCAUUUUAUUAGGUUGUGGGCUGUUAUCAUCAGAGGACACUAGAACAUUUGUGUGGUUAUUUACAUGCUGGUUGCGUUGCAUGUCAAAUAAGGAACCACUUGGAAUCGUCACCGACCAAUGCAAGGUGGUGUCUUUGGCAUAUCAUGAAAAAGUUCCUGAGAAGUUGCAAGGGUACUCAAGGUACAAGCAAAUUAAGCACGACAUGAAACAGUUGGUGUAUGAGUCACUCAAUGUUGAUGCUUUUGAGAGUGGUUGGGAUAAGUUCCUAACCGAUAAUGGAUUACAAGAAAAUGAAUGGCUUUUAACACUUUAUGAAGAUAGACAUCGUUGGGUGCCAUGUUAUUUGAAGAAUAACUUUUGGGCAGGUAUGUCAACCACGCAACGGAGUGAGGGCAUGAACGCAUUCUUCGAUGGUUUCAUCAAUUCCACAACAACAUUGCAACAAUUCGUGGUUCAAUAUGACAAUGCCAUUAGGCAAAAGGCCGAAAAGGAGUGUGAGGCAGACUUUGCAUCCUUGAAUACGACAAUUCCUUGUGGCUCACAUUCCACUAUUGAGAGACAAUUCCAGGCUGAAUACACUCAUGCUAAGUUUGCAGAGGUUCAACACAAAUUUAGGUGUAAAAUGAAUUGCAUGAUUAAAAAUGUAUAUGUCGAAGCGGGAACCUCAAAUUACCGUGUUAUGGAAGAAUUUAUGUGGAAAGGUCAAUGCGCAGACAAGUACCAUGAUGUUUUGUUUCAUCAUCACACACUUGACAUACAGUGCACUUGCCUUUUGUUUGAGUUUAGAGGAAUACUUUGUAGGCACUGCUUAGUCAUGUAUGCGCAAGAGGGCGUUAAAAGUGUGCCCGAUAAAUAUGUUUUAAAGAGAUGGAGCAAGCUACAACGUAGAAGGCACACAUACAUAAGGGUUGGAAGCAAUUCUCAUAAGGAAGAAGCUAAUGUCAAAAGGUAUGACGCACUUUGUAAGCGUUUCUAUGAGAUUGCGGAGGUUGCAUGCGAGUCAGACAACGGAACACAUUGUCUGUUUAUGAAAUUGGACUCCAUUGCAAAUGAUCAUGGAUUGUCAUCUUCUGAUAAUCCGAAUAAGGGGGUUCAAUUGGACACUGCAAAUGAUUGUCCUAUACAAACUGUGUCAUCCAACGAAUGUGUCCACAGUCCUAUUUCUGUUAAAAGAAAAGGAAGACCCCGUUCGACGAGAUUGAAAUCCAUUGUGGAGAAACUUGGUAAAAGAAGAAAGGGUACGGGUGCAAAAAUUAAAGGACAACAGCCUCAAAUGGGAUGGACUUUGGAUACAGAUUUUAUGGCAUGUAGUAACCAAUCAGAAGUCAUUACGCAAAGUAAUCCAACGCAGGGGAAUGCUGGUUUGGACAAGUUCAUCAUGUGA